AAAUAACAAACAAAAUAAACGAGUUACCAGAGAGAGUGAAAGCGAAAAAACUGGUGCACUUGCCGGAGACGCAGAUCCCAUUUCCCAGCCUAGGAGUUACGUCACUCUCGAUUCUCGACUCUCGACUCUCGACUCUCGACCUUCAUUUCUUGUUCGAUCCAUCCAAAACGACGUCACAGGACGCGAAUUUUGUGUGUGAGAGGUGAUGGGGCUGGGUGCUAACGUGCGCAGGGAGGUGGCGGUGCCGGUGUUAUUGUUGACGCUAUGGUUAUGGACUGAUAUUCAGGGAGGCGAGGCUAUAUGGUUGACUGUUCCCUCGACUGGUACGAAGUGUGUGUCCGAGGAAAUCCAUAACAACGUCGUUGUUUUAGCGGAUUAUGUGGUGGUUUCCGACGAUCAUUCUCACAUCCCCACCGUUUCUGUCAAGGUGACAUCACCCUAUGGGAACAAUCUUCAUCAUUCAGAGAAUGUAACCCAUGGUCAAUUUGCAUUCACAACUCAUGAGGCUGGUAAUUACUUGGCAUGCUUAUGGGCAGGUGGCCAUAAUCAAGGAGGAGAAGUCAGUGUUAAUCUUGACUGGAAAAUUGGAAUUGCAGCAAAGGAUUGGGAAUCAGUUGCCAGAAAAGAGAAGAUUGAGGGUAUUGAGCUUGAACUGAGGAAACUAGAAGGAGCAGUGGAGGCCAUUCAUGAGAAUUUAAUAUAUCUCAAAAGCAGAGAAGCAGACAUGAGGACCGUGAGUGAAACAACAAAUGGCAGAGUGGCUUGGUUUAGUUUUAUGUCUUUGGGUGUCUGUAUUGGGGUUUCUGCUCUGCAGGUGCUGUACUUGAAGCAAUUCUUCCAGAAGAAGAAGCUUAUCUAGAAAAUUGCGUUGGUUGGUAGAAGCGUAAAAUCUAGAAGCCUUUCUUCCCUGUUUUACUUUUCCACUUGCAUGUUGCAGAAGGAAAGUUUUGAUAUCACUAUAAGUUAGUACUUGGUGUUUACGGUCGUAAAGAAAAAAUUUUUGAUUGUCCAUCCUUUCUAGACAUACUCAAAUUUUCUUGAGCAGCAGUUGGCUCUUAAUUUAUUGAUGAAAUGGUGCA